GAUACAAAUAAUAUAACAAAGAAAAAAGAUAAGGAAAAUAUAAAAAAGAAAAUGAAACCUUUCAUUUUGGCUGCGUUUUUGUUUUUCUCUAAUUGCUACACGUCAACGGCAUUUACAUGCAUUAAUUGUGCCACUGUAAAAUGCAAAGCUCCAGAAGGAUGUAAAGCUGGAACAGUCAAAGACUAUUGUGGUUGUUGUGACAUUUGUGCUCAGGCCUCUGGUGAAGAAUGCGGAGGAUUACUGGAAAAUACUAAAAAAUGCGGUAACCAAUUGGAAUGUGUCAAAAAGAAUGAUACCAUCAAGUCAGACUUGAUGGGAAUAUGUCGACCAAAAUGCGAUCAAACUCAGUUGUGCAAAAUGUAUUGCCCAUAUGGGUUUGUAAUUGACAAAAAUGGAUGUGAAAUUUGUCGUUGUAAUAGUCGACCGAUAUGUGGGCCAGUAUGCAAAAUUUACUGUAAAAACGGAAACGUUCUUGAUGGAGCAGGAUGUCCGACUUGCAGUUGCUACAAAAUACCAAAAUGCGUGGCUUUACAAUAUUCUGUUAAAGAUUUAGCAUAUAAGCCAACAUGUCCAAAGAUUAUAUGUCCAUUAAUUAAAUGUGCUUAUGGGGUGGUACUUGAUCAAUAUGGCUGCAAGACAUGUAAAUGCCGAAGUGUUCCUCCAUUGUGCAGUAUAGAUGGAUGUUGUAAGGUACCUACGCGUUUUUGCAACAAAAAUAACAAAUGUUGUAUACACGGUUCAACAUGCUUUGCAAAACCCGGAUGGUACAGAACUUAAUUAAUUUAACAUUUUUCAAAUGAAAUUUUUUUUUGGAAAAUUGAAUAAAAUUGUAUUUAAACAUUUUUUUCUGUUAUGUAAAAAAAAAAAAAUUUAAAGAGUAAAUGUUAAAGGAUAAAAAAAUUCUAAAUAUA